GACCAGAUCCGACCUCGGUCCCCCGCAGUCAGACCGGCUUGCUGUUCCCGGGAUUUCAUUUCCGGUGUGCGUCGGUUCCUUCGCCUCCAAUUUUCCCACGAAAGAACGAAAGGGAGGAGGACGGCGAAGCCUCGUUAUCUCCGGGACGGGGCUCGCCGACGAUGGCUGGGAGACGGACGCAGUUGGAGCUCGAUCUGAACUCGCUUCUCCAGUCGCAGAAUAGCGACGGCGACGACGACGACGACGAAGGCGCGGUCGUCGCCCAUCGGACCGUCGACGACAUCCUCAACGACUCCGCGGAUUCGUUCUCCUCUUCAUCUUCCUCAUCCCCUUCCUCGCCUCGCUCUGAGCUUCCCUUUCGCCCUCUCUUCCCUCCAAAACCUGAAUCCGACACCCUAGAAGUUCGUGCUCCGGGAGUUGAUUCCGAGGUCGAUCCGGAGGUUUCGACUGCGGACAGCCCGAAAUCGGACAAAUCGGAGGACAAAACCAGCGUCAUCAGCUUGCCGCGCUCGGUUUUCUCCGAGUCGAGGCUCGGAUUCUUGAGGAGGAAGCCCGGGGAUGGAGAUCUUUCUGCGAAGAUUACGCCGGCGCGCGGAAGUUCGCCAUUGCCGUCGCUCUUUGGGGUUAUCAAGCCGAAUCCUAGGCCCGGAGCUGCUCUCGCAGCGGCUGCCGCUGCUUCCAGGUCGGUUCCAACUCCUCAUGCUGCUGCGAUCAAGUUUAGGAGGACUUCUCUUCAAAGAGCGGCCGCGUCAGAGGAAAACGCCUCAUUUUCAGCAGUAGGAGAGGAAAAUGAGCAGGAGGAGUUGGUGAAGGGAGAAGGUGAAGAAGAUGAAAAGGGUCUGGCCAGAAGGGAUGCUGAAGAAUCUGCACCUCCAGUUGAUGCCUUGGGUGCUAAGGAGGGAAAUUCUUCUGUUCCUGAUGCGGAAAUUGAUAAAGAAGACGUCAAGGACAAUGGCGGGAAUAAGUUUGUUGAGGUCUCCUUGAAGGGGCCAGAAGGUCAUGAAAUGCUAAACGGAGAAGUUCCUGAUGCUUCAACCCAGGCGUUGGUGGAGGAAUUGAAUCUGAAUGAUAGAAUUGCCGUCGGGAACGAUCCACACUCCGUUAGUGGCAGCAUUGAGGAAGGAUCCUUGGACACACCGUUAAAACGGUCUGAAUCAGUUCAACUGAAUGACAUCCUGAUCGCGACUGCGACUAAAUUGAGCCCAGAGAUGACAGCUACGGAUUCGCCUAAAGUUGAAGAGAGAGAAGCCGAGACUUCGAGAAUGGAUGCGGAAGAAUUUGCAGACGACAGGUCUGUUUUGUCAGAUAGUAAGAAAUCAUCGAAAGGACAGGGUAAGAAAUUAAAGCCAGUGAUGAAGCCGCUUGAAGUAGCUGAAGAGCUUGAGAAGAAGAACGCGUUUUCUGGACUUCACCUAGAAGAGGGCGCUGCAGCUCAGCCAAUGAGGCUUGAAGGUAUUCGAAGAGGACCGCCAGCAGUUGGGUAUUUGCAGAUCAACACUGACAAUGCUAUCACUCAUGCUAUCUCUUCAGAGACAUUCAGGCGUGAGCAUGGCUCCCCUCAGUCGUUGGCAGUUCAUAUGAACUACAUCGCUGUGGGCAUGUCAAAAGGCACCGUUCUUGUGAUGCCCAGCAAGUACUCUCCUCAUAGUGCUGAUAACUUGGAUUCAAAGGUGUUUAUGCUCAGCUCUCAAGGUGACAAAUCUCAUUCACCAGUCACUUCCUUGUGCUUCAGCCAGCAAGGAGAUCUGCUGCUGGUUGGAUAUGGGUCUGGAAACCUAACAGUUUGGGAUGUGCAGAAAGGAUCUGCUGUUAAAACAAUAGCAGAACAUAAUGCACCAGUCAUACAUACACUUUUCCUUGGUCAGGAUUCACAAGUCACUCGUCAAUAUAAGGCAGUUACUGGUGAUUGUAAGGGGCUUCUUCUUCUACAUGCCUUCUCAGUGUUUCCAUUGCUCAAUACAUUCUCUGUUAAUACUAAGUGUCUUCUUGAUGGUCAGAGGACAGGAACUGUUUUAUGUGCAUCUGCUCUUCUGUCCGAUGAAUUUCGUUGGGCUUCAUUUGCAAGUGGACAUGGCAGUGCUACAGGGUCUCCUGGUGGUAUUGGGAGCAUGAUGGGUGGUGUUGUUGGAGGUGGAGUUGGGGGAGAAGCAGGAUGGAAGCUCUUCAGUGACGGUUCUCCUGAGAAGGAAGGUGUAGUUAUAUUUGUCACUCACCAAAAUGCUCUGGUGGUAAGGCUCUAUCCAAGUUUAGAGGUCUAUGCACAGCUUUCUAGGCCAGAUGGAGUUCGUGAAGGUGCCAUGCCUUACACAGCUUGGAAGUGUGUAAUAAACUCUUCAGCAUCCUCUUCUGAGGAAUUGGGUAGGGCUUCAUUUCUUGCAAUGGCAUGGGACCGAAAAGUACUUGUAGCUAGGCUGGUAAAAUCAGAACUAAAAACAUUAAAAGAAUGGCUGAUUGACAGUCCAGCAGUUGGUUUGGCAUGGUUGGAUGAUCGGAUGUUGGUGGUGCUGACUUUGAAAGGGCACCUCUGUCUAUUCACAAAGGAAGGAGAUGAGCUUCACCGUACUAAUUAUCUUAUAGAUGGUUCUGCGAUUGAUGACAUGAUUGUAUAUCAUACUCACUCUACAAAUAUUUUUGGAAAUCCUGAGAAAGCUUGCCAUAACUCAAUAGCUGUAAGAGGCGCUACCAUAUAUGUACUUGGUCAGACGCAUCUUGUUGCUUCUAGACUUCUUCCUUGGAAAGAGCGAGUUAGAGUCUUGCAAAAGGCUGGUGAUUGGAUGGGCGCCUUGGACAUGGCAAUGAAGCUUUACGAUGGGCACUCACAUGGAGUAAUUGAUCUUCCAAGAACUACCGAUGCUAUCAGGGAAUCCAUAAUGCCAUUUCUGGUAGAGUUGGUGACAGGAUAUGUUGAUGAAGUAUUUUCCUAUAUAUCAGUGGCAUUCUGUAGUCAGAUUGAAAAACUUCAACUUGCUGACAACACAAAAGAAAAUCCUUUCCACACAGAAAUCAAUGAGCAAUAUGCUCGUGUUGGUGGUGUUGCUGUAGAAUUCUGUGUCCACAUAAAUAGGAUUGACAUCUUGUUUGAUGAUAUCUUCACCAAAUUUACUGCUGUUCAGCAAGGAGGUACAUUUUUGGAGCUUUUGGAACCAUAUAUUUUGAAGGACAUGCUUGGAUGUCUACCACCUGAGAUAAUGCAAGCACUUGUGGAGCACUAUAGUAGGAAAGGAUGGUUGCGACGUGUUGAGCAGUGUGUUCUUCAUAUGGACAUUUCCUCUUUGGAUUUUAAUCAGGUGGUGAGGCUAUGCAGGGAGCAUGGAUUAUACAGUGCACUGAUAUAUCUUUUUAAUAGAGGUUUGGAUGAUUUUAAGACACCUUUAGAAGAGCUGUUAAUUGUUGCACAAGACAGCCAAAGAGGAGAUGCUGUUGGAAUUGGGUACCGGAUGCUGGUCUAUUUGAAGUAUUGCUUUCAGGGUCUUGCAUUUCCUCCUGGGCAAGGUGCACUUCCAAGCUCUCGCUUACCAUCAUUAAGGAAAGAAUUAAUUGAAUUUCUUUUAGAAAAUUCCAGCAACCACAAUUCACAAUUUGUGACAAUCUUCAAGUCAUUGCUUGGAUCAUGCUUGAAUCUUUACUAUCUUUUGUGGCUGGACACUGAAGCUACUCUUGAGGUUCUUCGAUGUGCUUUCUUUGAAGCUGAACCGCAAAGACCAGAUAAUCCUUUACGUGAAUUGGGAGACAUGGUUACUGAAGAGAACAAGGAUGGGCAAGUUGCCAAUAAAACAGAGGAUCAGACAUUGAUGGCGCAAAAUAUCACAAAUGCACUGAUUAGGGUUCUUGAUAUUGAGGUGCCAGGCGUGGAUAAAUCAGUUAGUACUGAUGGUUAUGGAUGCUUAGAUCUGUGGCCUUCGACGAAAGAACAGGGUUAUCUUCUAGAGUUCAUAGCUUGUUUUGUUGUUUUCCAGCAAGCUACCAUUCCACAAAAUAUAUUUAAUCGUAUUUUAGUGUAUUUGACAUCUGAGAUGGAUACAUCCUCAAGGUCUGUUGGAGAAGGCCCUGUAAUCUAUGUGCAGCAAAAACAGGUUCUUGCUCUUUUAGAAGCAGUGCCAAAAACAGAGUGGGAUUCAUCUUAUGUACUCCAAAUUUGUGAACAGGCUCAGUAUUACCAGGUAUGCAGCUUAAUACAUAGGCAAAGAGGCCAGCAUGUUGCAGCUCUAGAUACUUAUAUAAAGGACAUGGAUGAACCUAUUCAUGCAUUUGCUUUCAUUAGCAAUAUGCUCCUGCAGCUGAAAGAUGCUGAACAUUUUUCCUUUAAGUCAGCAGUCAUCUCUCGUAUACCAGAACUAGUAAAACUGAGCAGAGAGGGUGCAUUCUUUUUGGUCAUUGAACACUUCAGUGAAGAGGUUGAACAGAUGUUAUCCAUACUACAGCCUCAUCCAAAGUGCUUGUUUCUUUAUCUAAAAACCGCAGUUGAAGUUCACUUAUUUGGUGCACUCAAUUUUUCUGCUUUGACAAGGGAAGAGAUUCUAGUUUCUCCUUUCUAUGGACUGAAGUUCACAGAUCAGUCAGAGGAACUUCAGGCUUAUUUACAGCGACUGUCUAGCUUCCCUAAAAUCAUAUGCAAUAAUCCUAUUGAUGUCACUGAUGAAAUGGCAGAACUUUAUCUCGAGCUCUUGUGUCAAUUUGAACCUGGUUCAGUUCUAAGGUUCCUUCAGACUUAUGAAAACUACAGAUUGGAGCACUGUCUCCGUCUUUGCCAGGAAUAUGGGGUGACUGAUGCAGCUGCUUUCUUACUGGAAAGGGCUGGUGAUGUGACAAGCUCCUUAUCACUUAUUUUGUCUGGUAUUGAUUCCCAUUUAGACAAUAUUUACUCCAUUAUUCAAAGUAAAGUUGCGGAAACAACUACUCUUGUUAGUGAGUCAGAGCAAUUGAAUACCAUUUUAAGUACACCAGAGGUUAGAUCUCUUUGCAACAUUCUGCAUUCUUGUAUAGGCCUGUGCCAGAGGAACACAUCACGUCUGGAUUCUCAAGAGUCAGAGUCUUUGUGGUUCCUCUUGUUGGAUUCAUUCUGCAAUCCAUUAAGGCAUCUGUUUGGACCUGGAAACGUCUUCAAGUCUAAGGCUAAUUCUAGUGGAAUAGAAGAUAACAAUUCUGACAAACACAAUAUGAGGAUUCCAGAGUCUGAAAGAGCUGCCUGUAUUUCCAGAAGAAUGGUCUCCCAGUUUGUACGUGAAAUUAUUGAAGGAAUGGUGGGCUAUAUACCGCUUCCAACCAUCAUGACAAAGCUUCUUUCUGAUAAUGGAGGCCAGCAUUUUGGUGAUUUUAAGGCAACUAUACUGGGUAUGCUGGGAACCUAUGGCUAUGAACGUAGAAUCCUGGACACUGCUAAGAUUCUGAUUGAGGAUGACACAUAUUAUAUCAUGAGCUUACUUAAGAAGGGGGCAUCACAUGCAUAUGCUCCACAAAGCUAUACCUGCUGCAUAUGUGGUAGCUCACUGACCAAGGAACCUUCAAUAUCAGGAGUCCAUCUUUUCCACUGUGGGCAUGCAGUGCAUGUCCAAUGUGAAGGUGGGGGAAAUGAAUCGAACAAGAAUUCAGUUGAGUGCCCCAUCUGUAUGCCAAAGAAGAACCCGUCUCGAGCUAGAAGCAAGUCCAUCCUUGUAGAAUAUGGAUUGGUAAAAAAUUCCCCAAGAUCUCAACAUAGACAAGGUAGUGUUCCUAUCCAGCCAUUACAUGAAUCUGAUCUCAUUGAGAGACCUUAUGGGCUUCAACAAAUAUCCCGGUUUGAUAUCUUGAAGAAUCUUCAAAAGGUUCAAAGAACACUUCAGAUUGAUACGCUGCCUAGACUGAGGCUUGCACCACCUGCUAUUUAUCAUGAGAAGGUUAAGAUGACCCCUGAUGUUUCCAUAGGAGAAGGAAGUAGUUCUGCCGUGAAACCUGAGAAACCAAGCAGAUUUCUGCAAUUGAAGAAUCUUAAACCAAGAGGCUCUUCGUUCCAGUUUCCCUUAAGAUCCACUAUAUUUGUUAAUGAGAAAAGUAGGAGAUAAUGAUGUGCUCCGUUGUUCCUGAAAGAAUGCGUUCCACAAGCAUAUCAGGCUUGCUGACGUAAGUUGGGAUUGAUAGUGACAACUUGACAUGUCUUUUCAAAGGAGCAAGUAUGAAAAUCACUCAAGCAUAUAAUGGUGCUAUGCAACUUUAGUUUAUAAGGAAGCAUUUUAUGGUGCCAGGCUAAGUGAAGUUGCCCAUUGAUUGAUCGGAAAUCUAUCAUAGUGCUGCCUAUGCUCAGGCAGAUCAAAGUUGUGAUUAAUUGAUUGGAAAUCCGUCGAGAUCUGUGAAACCAGAAACGUCUGCAGGAAAUUUUGAGAAUCAUGCAAAGAAUGAUCAGCUCAUUGAUGACUACUCAAGCCAUCCCUAUGUAAGUUGCCAGUGGCGGAGAGCUACAGGGAUUCCUUGACAUAAUGGGGCAGACAAAACGUGGUUGGUAACUUGGUUUCAUUCUCAAUCCUCAAAAUUUGUCAGUAAAUAUGACAUGAGCAUGCAAGCGUAUAUAGAUCAGUUUCAAAUCGGAUCAACAUCACUUAUUGUUCCCUUUGGCAGAUAGCUCAUCCCAGAAGCUUAGAUAGUUACAAGUCAACCACCUUCGUACAGUCAAACUUCGGUAAUUUUAGAGCGUGUUAACAUCUUAACAAAGGUCAAAUUUUUUCCUCUUCUAGCAUAGGAUCUUAAUGAUAUGGAAUCUUUUCUGUACAUUUUGUUGGUUUCCACCAAGUGAUGAAAAUAUUGUAUAUUAAGUUUUAUUGCAAAUAAUAAUAUCAAAAUGCAAUUUUGAAGUC